AUGAGGGACAGAACUACCAAAGAUGAGGAAUGGGAGACGUUGAGAAGGAAGAAAGGGAAGGAGAAAGAGGUUGAGGACCCAAGCACUACUAUAUUCUUAGCAAAUCUACCGGAUGAAGUGUCUGACAAAGAAAUAUGGUUGGAAAUCAGAAGAUGUGGAUACUUGUCAGAUGUGUACUUUCCUAAGAAAAGAGACUUAAAAGGUAAAAGAUUUGCAUUUGCAAGAUUUAAAAAGAUCAGAGAUAUCAGUAAAUUGGUCCAAGCUUUAAACAAUGUUUGGUUCGGGGAUAAGAGGGUCAAGGCAAAUGUGUCCAAGUUCCAAAGAGAAGAAGAUAAGGGGGAAGGGGGAAACAAGAAGUAUUAUGAAGGUGGAAGGAACAAAGAUAGGAGAGACAUGGUUAUUGUAGAGGACCAUACGACGGAGGACACGGCGGAAUGGUGUAAGAGGACGUUAAGGAUGGAAGCAAAAUUAGUGAAGAUUUUGUGUAGAGCAAAAGAGAUUAUUAGCAAUCUAUUUUUCAGACACGAUGGAAAUUAG